AUGGCUCAGGUGCAUCCCGUGAACUAUUCAUUGAACGCCUCAGCUGAUAUAGAACAAUUCAAUAUCUCGUCAUUAUCUACAACCGACUUUGACAUGGAAUCUUUUCGGGUGGUGAUCACCACGUUGUUUAUACUAGUCUGCGUGUGCGGUCUUCUGGGCAACGGUUUAGUCAUCGUAAUCCUACUCCGUUUCAGCGACAUGCGAACUGUUCCCAAUGUAUUCAUCUUAAACUUGGCGUCCAGUGAUUUUCUUUUCAUGCUAGGGAUUCCGUUUCUUCUGCAGUACAACAUGCAAGGGCAAUGGAUAUUCGGAAACGGCAUGUGUAAAAUAGUACAGUGUAUUGAUUACAUCAACAUGUUUACUGGAAUAUUCACCUUAACAGUGAUGAGUUGUGAUCGAUAUUUAGCGCUUGUUUACCCGUUAAGAUCAAUGUCACUACGGACAGUUAAGCACGCUCGCAUAACCUGUAUCAUAUUGUGGAUUAUUUCUAUUCCAUUAACCUUACCGUUGUGGUUGUACUCCACCGUCUCACAUAUCACUGAUGAGUUUAAUCAACCUAAGACGGAGUGCGAGACAAAUUGGCCAAACGACUACAUUAACCAUGUGUUUUUUAUAUUCGCAUUUGUCGUCGGAUUUGCCCUGCCUAUUUUAUUAAUAUCUCUUUGUCACGUGGGUAUUUUACGCCACGUUGUAUGCAUGAAGAACAAAGCUGAUCUGGGACGACACUUUCCACAGUUUUCUAUGAAAAUAACGAUGAUCAUACUCCUUGCAUUGCUCGCAUUCGCCGUGUGUUGGUUGCCAUACUGGGUACUCAUACUACUCAGGGCGAUUGGAAACCAGAAAGUUACCCUGGAGUACUAUGUGGUUUUCAACAUUUCCUUAUGUCUGAGUUAUUUCAAUAGCUGUCUCAACCCUUUGAUAUACACCUGCGUUGGUAGAGAUUUUCAGGAAAAGAUGUCACGUUUUUUUCACUGUUCCAGAGGCGCCGAUAUUAACUCUAGGAUGACGACCACAGGAGACAUGCGAAUUACCAAGUUGUAA